AUGUCGUACUACGGAAACGGCCAGAACUACUACAACCCCAACAUCCCGCACUCCAAUGUGGGCGCGCCCGGCCAAUAUCAGGAUCCCUACAACCGCCGCACGCCAAGCGCUGACAAUGGCGAUGCCACCAACGGAGCGCCCACGGGCUAUGGGCACCUCCAGCAGCUCGACCGGCGCAACAGCAUAGCGGCCCGCCAGAACGACGAGCUCUUCAUCGGCGCAAACAGCUCCCCGCAGCCACCUCAGGGUCCAAUGUCCCCCACAGCGGGCGGGUUCAACGGCGGCUAUGGCUACCAGCGGGCGCAGCAGGCGUACAACCCCCAGAACUACAACACGCAGCCCAUCGCUCUGCCCAACCCCCAGCACUACGGCGGUGUCAGCAACAGGACCUUCGCGCCGCCCGUCUCUGUGUCGGCUUCGCACCAGCCAUACAACCCAGCUGCCUACGCCGACAGCAACAUCGCACCCGCCAACUCCCUGAGCCAAUCCUAUGGCUUCUCGCCCACCUCCCCGACCGCCUCAUACCACUCGCCCUCGGUGUACCAGAAUCAGGGAUUUGGAAGAGCACCCUCUGUCCAGAGUCGCGCGUCAGCUUACGCAGCAUCGGCCGCACCACCACUGCCUGCUCCUCCAGGGAGCGCGCAAUCUGCGGGUGAGGACUGGGGCACCUACCCGAACCGACGACCCUCGAACGCGUCCUCGGGCUACUAUUCCUCGAGCGCCUCGCAUGCUCCACUCCCGUCUCCCCCGGGAUACGAUACUGGCUACGGCUCCCAGCGCGGCGACAGGUAUGCCUCCAUGUCGGGCAACGCCCUUCCACCCACGCCCGAGGUCCCUACACAUGGCUCGCCGCAACGGACCAACACGGUAUCAUCGCGACCGCUACCCCCACCACCACCCCACGAGUCCGACAGCGACGAAUACUUCGCGCCGCAGCAGAACGGGUAUCAAGACGAACUGUUCAACGACGUUAUGAACAUGACAUCGGGCGGCGCCCAGGUCCAACAGCCAAACGGUCAAUACUACAGCGAGUCUGCGGGAAGAAACGGCACGAAUGGCGCGGUUGCUGGACGCGACACCUACCUUAGUGACGAGAGCGACGUAGAGGCAGCUGCUGGUCUAGCUGCACUUCAGAUGGCCGAGGAACAAGAAAGAGAAGACGAAGCUCGUAGAGCUAGUGGUGGCACCGGGCUUUUCAGCAACUACACGUCGGUACAUUCCCCGCAGAUGCCUGCCGAGCCGAUGCGACAGGAAAGUGCCAGCGAUAGUGACUACGUGGGUAUGGACGUGGGUACCUAUGGCGGCGGAUUUGCACCAUCUUUCAACUACGGCGGAGACCCAAGCGUACUGGCAGCGGGUGGAAGCCACACAGCAUCCACCUCAGGUUCUCAGCGACGAUCCGACCCUAUGCGCGACGACUACGACCCGAUCCAUCCCUUCCCGUCCUUCUCGAGCAACGCGCGUGUCGAUACAUUUGGUACCGGUGGUCUGGAAGAGCCUAGCGCACGGCGGCGGAGCUACGACGAGGGCGAUGAGGUCACACUCAUGGAUAGCGCAUCUGCCCUGUCCGGUUCGACACUCAAUGGCCCUUCAGCAGUCAUGCCGGGCGAGCCACCGGAUAUGUUCUAUCACCCGGGCAUUUCAAACCGGCCAUUGCCCCCACCUCCAGUGAACACCGGCAGCCGGCGAAUGAACCACCAGAGCAACAGCUCCACCGGAUCUGGAUCCUACGAAUACUGGCGUAACGCUCCGGCUGCCCAGCGUUCAUACCCCGUGGAUGCGAACGCUAUGCACAUGAUCUCUCCCACCGGCGCCCCUGUGCCUCGCUCAACCUCUCUACUCCAGCAUAGCAAUGCCCGAGAUGCCAUUCCCUUGCCUCGUUCCAAGACAGACGCUGAGCAGGGGCACAGACCUCGACCUCCUCCCGGCAACCGGAAUACCUUCUAUGGCGGUGCCAUGGACAGCGACGGCAAUACCCUCACCCCUGGCAGUGCAGAAGCUGUAGCUAUCGACCUACCCACGAUUCCAGCCGGCAAGCGCUUCAAUCCCGCAAAGCUUUCCAGCAUCGACUUCAAGAAAUGCACUGAGCCUUGGGCACUUAGCUCGAUCAUCUCCUGGCUGAAGAACAUGACCGAAGGCGAGAAUGACCUUAAGGAGGGUCCGAUCCAAGAAGGUCUCAUUGCGCUAUUCACCCACAAAGUUCCAACUAUGAACAUUGCGGAUGCCGAGACACUGAGUAGUCGGGUGGUAGCUGAGAUGUACAAAGCAGGCACACUUGUGCACGAGGAAGAGUGGCUGAGGUUCUCGACCGCAAGCAUGACUGGUGUAAUAUUCCAGCUUACGGGCGCCGGAUGCUACGCUCCCAUGCUUCAUACACAUGCAAGCCCGGGUCGAUGCUACUCGCACCAUUGCCAACGCACACUCAAGAAGAUCGACCUGCACGCUCCGUCCGCCGCACCUCGAUCAGAAGACUGGGCGACCUUCUAUAAGCUGAAGAAAGAAGACAUCGAAGGAGCAAACAAGAAGGAGAUUGAACGUCAAAACAUCCUACACGAGAUCGUCCAAGGAGAAGAUAAGUACAUGAACCGACUUGACGUAUUACGGCACCUCUACCGGGAUCGACUUCAAUCAGCCCAGCCUCCAGUCAUACCUCCUAAGAAGGUCGACAGAUUCAUCCGCGACGUGUUCAGCAAGGUAGACGCAGUACGGAAAGCGAACGAAGACCAUCUUCUUCCACAGAUCAAGUACAGACAGCAAGAGCAAGGCCCAUGGAUUGUAGGCUUCAGUGAUAUCUUCCGAGAAUGGAUCCGGAAAGCGAAACAGGCCUACAUCGAGUACGCCGCGGCUUUUCCGUACGCAUCCUUCCUUGUUCGACAGGAAGCUGACCGAAACAUACUGUUCCGCACCUUCCUGGACGACGCUCAAAAGCACAAGUUGUCAGAAAAGCUUGGCUGGGAUACCUAUCUCAAAGGUCCUAUCGACAGACUGCAGCGCUAUGGUCUUCUCAUAGACACAGUCAUCAAGUACUCGACUGUGGACAACGAGGAGAAACGAAAUCUCCAGGUCGCCAAAGAAGAGAUCAAAGCCGUGACACUAGAGUGCGACAGCCGUGUCGCUGAAAUGAGUCGGAAAGUCAGUCUCACCGACUUGCAAGCAAAACUCAUCUUGCGGCCAGGUAUGCAACGAGUGGAGCUCAACCUGGAUCACCUGGGCCGAGAGCUCAUCUUCCGAGGCGACUUGCAAAGGAUGGGAGGCAGCCGUUUCAACUGGCUUGAGACCCACGCAUUGCUCUUCGAUCAUUACCUUGUGCUCGCCAAGGCAGUCUCUUUCCGAGAAGCAGACGGUGUUACCAAGUCUGAGAAGUAUGAUGUGUCAAGAUUGCCAAUUCCCAUGGAUCUUCUUGUUCUCGAGAGCGAAGACGACGAUCCCGUUGUGCGGUCUACCAUGAAGGGUAUCUCUACUGUCACCACCGUUUCUGGUCGGGUCGGUUCUGGGGCUGCGACAAGAUUGAACAACAGCCCUGUACCCGGUGGUCUAUCACACACAAGCACCUCAAACUCGCUUGGGUCGACCAACACGAGCAAUUCCGGCAAGACCAUGGUCAACACCACCUCAAAUGAUGCUUCAAAGGAUGAGAAGAUUUUGUACCCCUUCCGCGUAAAGCACUUGGGCAAGGAGACCUACACACUAUAUGCGCCAUCAGCAACGAAUCGUGCCGAGUGGUGCGACAAGCUCAUCAUUGCGAAGACGCGACACGCAGCAGCUCUCUUUGCUCAAAACGCCGAACCGUUCAAGUUGAGAGUCAUGGCUGACGCAGCCUUCGCAUAUGACAGCGCGAUGCCUUCGCAAAAAGCUAUCACGAUCAAGGGAACGCCUUUGGAUCGCGCAGUCGACGAAGUGGAGAAACUUUUCGUCAAUGUUGGGCGGCCUGUCCCCAUCUGCCGCGCAAGGGUAAACUGCGCAACAGCCUUCAGCCAGCCCUACGGCAAGCACAUGCUAGCCGUUGGUACAGACAUUGGAGUCUACGUGUCGGAAUUUGAUAAUCCUAGAGGCUGGUCCAAGGCAAUCCAAGUACCACGUGUGACGCAAAUCGCCGUCCUCGAACAGUUCAGCUUGAUGCUGCUCAUCUCCGACAAGGCACUCAUUGCGUACCAUCUCGAUGCGGUAUGCCCAGUGAGUGGCGUAGCCCCCUCAAACGACUCAACACGACGAGCACCCCAAAAGCUAUCGGGUGCACGCGACAUUGGCUUCUUCGCCACUGGCGUGAUGAAAGACAGAACGCUAGUGUUCUACAAGAAGCGUGACGGUAUCUCAUCCACCUUCAAGGUGCUUGAGCCUGUUUACCAGAAAUCAUCCGAGAAGAAGUCCAGGAUAUGGAAGUCUGGACGCACAGAAUUCUUCCGCGAGUACGACGAGUUCUAUAUCCCAGCAGAGUGCUACACGAUCAAUCUCUUCCACUCGUCGCUGGCAAUCUCCACAGCAAAGGGCUUUGAAGUGCUUACCCUCGACAAGAAGCAGCCAUGGUCCGUACCCGAUCUAAAGCAAUCACACGUGGCCACCAUCGCUUCACGUCUUCAAAACCAGGACCCACUGGGCAUGUUCCGCCUCUCGGAUCAAGAGUUCUUGCUCUGCUACGAAGAGUGUGCCGUAUACAUCAACAAGAACGGUGACAUCUCGCGGUCCGUCAUCAUGGAGUUUGUCGGCAAAGCCAAGUCUGCCGCUAUGUACGGUCCUUACGUCCUCUUGUUCGACCCAGACUUUGUCGAGAUCAGAAAUGCGCAAAACGGUCGUCUGCGCCAAGUUAUCGCUGGACGCGAUGUCAAGUGCCUCGAUGACGGUCUCAGCGGAGGUUCAAGUCACAACAGGACAGUCAAGCUGAGCUUACAACAUCCGCAACAUGAAAGGAGUCAGGUUGUCGUUGAGCUUGUACUUAACGAAGGGCAAAAGGAGUAA